AUGAACGCUCCCAAGGAGCCUAAGGUGAAGCCGCCAGCUAUUGACGCCUAUGACGGCACCUCUGAUCCUGAUGUACAUCUCUUGUCCUAUCGUCACCAUAUGUAUGUCCAAGGGACUACUGAUUUAACUUGGUACAAAUACUUCCCGGCCACUCUGAAAGGUGUUGCCUCAAAAUGGUUUGAGAAGUUGCCUGCUGGAACAAUCAACACUUAUGCAGAACUGGAAAUGUUGUUUUCUGCAAGAGGACUUAAGAAAGGUUCCUUUAAGUUCGACUUGGUGAAGAAGAGUGUGAGAACUAUGGUUGAUGCCCUGGACGAGGCCGAAUCCUUUAUCCAUGCCACAGAAAUUUGUUCCGUCCCAAAAGAAUCUAAGGGAACUGAGACUGCCGACCACCCUCAGCGCAAAGACAAGACAAAUAAAAAGACCAACCGUCCAAAUGGGACGUGGGCCAUUGAAAAGAAGGGGUAUCAGGCUAACACCUCACAAGGGAAGAAGAGAGGACGACCCUACGAUAAAGAGAAAUUUGAAUAUAACACUGACUUGUAUACAAUACUGCUGGACGUCAGCAAUAGAUAUGAGAUUGAUCGUCCGUUCCCUAUGAAGUCGCCGGCAGAAACCCGGGACAUCUCCCUUUAUUGUAAGUUCCAUUGUGAUGUAGGCCAUGAUACAAAAGAUUGCAAGAGUCUGCGUAGAGCUGUUGAUGGAUUAGCCGCCAAAGGAUUUCUGAAAUCAUAUCUCAGCACGAGUACAAGGGGAAAUGGUAAAAAAUUCUAUAAGAAAAGUAGGACACCGUCAUAUCGGCGUGAUGACAAUGACAGUGAUCCAGAAUGUGUAGCCGUUAUCUCAGGAGGCCUAGCCGUUGGGGGCCCAACAAUGAGAGGGCAAAAGGAUUAUGCAAGCCGGUUGGGUCAGGUAAUGUUGUCAGGAAAAGCUCCAAUGGAUCACUUCCCUAAAGUAGAAAUUUGUGAAGCUGACAGAGGCAAGAUAGCCACCCCUCAUGACGAUCCCUUGGUUAUUGAGCUGAAAGUAGCAAACCUUAAAGUAAGGCGUAUCUUAGUAGACACCGGGAGUUCGUCAGAUAUUAUCAGUACAGCUUGUCUGAACCGUCUUGAACACGACCCUAAGACGAUUGAAAAGAUUCAUUACCCCAUCAUUGGAUUCGGAGGCGGCAUAAUUCACCCCCAAGGAAUCAUCACUCUACCCCUCCGAGUAGGAGGCUGA